AUAAGGACUGAGUCUUACGCAAGGUUAAAGAAAGUCAGUGUAUACUAAUACUAAUACCAUGACAUUAUUGUCACGAAUUACCAAGUUUAUAAUUUGCACAUUUAUGAGAAUCAUUUGGUCUUCAGUCGUUGUUUGUGCUAAUGAACCAGAUAAGUUAAAAGAUAGUUUUCAAGAUGAUUUGGCCAAUAUCACAACAAAUAAUCUUAUGUUGGGCAUCUUAGUGUCCAUAAUAAUUUUCUUGCUAGUAGUUAUAGUCAUCAUACCCCUGUGUAUGGACUGCAUGAACUCUGAAGUCAGCUCCAUGAAUCACCCUGCUUGUGGUGGUUCUAGAACAGACUAUGCUGUACCAGACGCACCAACUCAAAACUUUUCCUCCUCGUCUGUGGCCGGGUAUGGAGGUUUUGCUGGUUAUUCUACAUUGAUCUCAGAUAACAACAGUCCAUUUCAUGCAACAUCAGGCCCAGUUAACAUACCUUACAACCCAGAGCCCCCACCGCCGUAUGAAGCAGCCUAUGGAAACAGACACUAAUUCAUUGAAAAAAACUGGUUAUUUUUUAAUUGGUGUAAUAAUGUGCAAAUUUUUUUUUUGUUACUAUUAGAUCAGAUGAAUAUUUUAAGUGAUUUAUUUAAAUUAAUUUUAAAAUAUUUUAUUACUUUUUAUCAGCCAUUUUUACCUUUAUUUAUUGUUUUAUGUAAAAAAAAAAAGUUAUCAGCUUUCAACUUUAAAAAUGUUUUAAACUAAUUAUAUAGUGGUAUGUAUAUAUAAAAGUAAAGUUUCCCUUUCUGACCUUGUGAUCUAUAGGGCAGUUGGUGUUAAGGUCAUCUGUUUCUUGGCCAACUGUUAACAAGCAGUGUGUCAUGUGGCCAACAUAACUACCAACCAUCUUUACUUUCCCCAACUAAAGUCAGGUACCCAUUAGACACCCUGCUCAUUAAUCGUUGGCCACAGAAACCAAUGAUUUUAACAUCAUCUGCCCUAUAGAUUGCAAGGUCUGAAAGGGGAACAGCCAUUUUUACCUUCAUUUAUUGUUUUAUGUAAAAAAAAAAAAAGUUAUCAGCUUUCAACUUUCAAGGGAAACUCUGAUGGUUUUGACAAUUUUUUAUAUAGUAUGUGUUUUGAUUUACAUUUUAGUAAUGUAUUAUUCUUUUUUUAAAAUUUGCAAUAAUAACUUAGUAAUUGAUGUUUUUCUGGUGUAAUUUUCCUGCACAUCCAAAACGAUCAGAUUCUAUGUGACAUCACACUAACCUAUUAAUUUAAUCUAUUGACUUAUUGUAUAAAGGGAGAACAUACAGUAAAGUUUACAUUCUCGUAAAAGAAGUAUAUCUUUGUAUAUGCAGUUAGAUCUAGAAAGCAAAGAAAAAAAUGCAUGUUGAAAGUAGAUUUACAUGCAUGACUAACCAUGGCAGUGUGUAUUUUCUUGCCUGACCACUCAACAUACAACAAACACUAUCGCUUGGUUGUCUUGUCAUGACCGACUACACCUAGUCUUGACUACCCUUACACUGACCAGUUUUUAGAAUCAGUCAGACACAUGAUCUAAUAACUUUUUAGGACAGGGAGAGGCUUAGAUGAAAAUGUUUACUUUUUUUCUUGAGUUGGUUAUCCUAAUGCUGUUCCGUAGUUCUGGACUAGGCCAUCACUAAGCCUAACAGCUACUGUAAGAAUGAAGCUAAUAAAAUCUCAAAGAACCCCAAUUUAUUUUUGAGAUGUCAAGAAUUUACUGACUAAAUUUUUAAAUAUAAAUGUUUCUAAGCAUUUAAAUAAAAAAAUUGUAAAAUGUUUACUAUAACAACUUUUUACGCAGAAUUUAAAUAUGUCAAUAACUCAAAUUUGAAAAACCAUCAGAGUUUCCCUUUAAAAAAAUGUAUGUAAUUAAUUGUAUUUUGAUAUUUUAAUAAAAUUUUUAUUAUGACACAUAUCAUUGAUGACAAAAAUCAUAUAAUUUUAAGUUUGUAAGUUAUUCAAGUACUGAAGUAUUAUUUCAAUGACUAUAAAUUAAUAUUCUCUAAAAAUCCAAAGCAUUCCAAAGAACAAUAAAUCCAUGUCAGUCAUAAAUAUUUUCAUGCAGGUCCAGCAUAUGGGCUAAUUGGUUUUGAAAUACCAUAAAACAAUCAAUUUAGUGAUGCUGGCUUUUUAAUCUUUCCAGAACUAGCUCUUUCUCUUCAACUAAAAUUUCAAUCAUUGAAGUUAAACAUUCAAAAAGCAUUGUAUCAAAGAAAAUGUUAAGUCUUUGAUAAUCCACAUUUACAUUUACAUUGAACUAUGAUUUACUCAAAGUAUAAAAGUUUUAAAAGUUUUUUUUUUUUUACAUUCAUAUAAAGCCGUUAAAAAGUUAUCUGUGAUAUUAAUGUUUUACUGUGAAUAAUUUUGAUUUAAUUUACUAAAUCAUUUGAUUGUUAAUGUGUGUUCAUUUUAAUAUAUUAUUUUAUCAAUCCGUUUAGACAUGCAUUUAAAGACUAUCCUUAACAAAAAAUGUGAGGAGACAGAAAGUUGCUAGUCUGUUCUGAGUGAAAAAAAAUGAACAUGGAAUUGUUUUUUUUAAUUUUACUCAAAUGGGUUGUAAAAUAUUUUGUGUACCAAUGAAAUAUGUCUUGCUAAAUUAUAUAUAGGAAAGAAAAAAACAACUUUUGAUUGGAGGGUGAUUGCUUAAAUCAAUGUUAAGAUAAAAAUAGGAUGUCUAAAGGUAAAUAACCACUUGUGUCAAACCAUGUUUUUGAUCCACUGUAUAUAUCUUAUGUGUGUAAAAUAAUAAUUCUUUUUACUCUAUGAUUGCAUACCAUCAUGCUCAGCAUUAACUGCUAUAAUGUACUUUAAAAAAAAAUAACUUUCUUAUUUUUACUUUCAAUGUUCUUGCCAUUUUAUUUUUUCUGAGGUCCUGAGUGCUUAGAUGGCUGUUAAUCUCCUCAUGGGCUGAGCAGAAAUCCUGAUUUAAUGUGAAUUAUACCCCCCCCCCCUCCCUCCUUUUUCAUUUUCACAGUCAAUGAUGAAUUGAAGCACACAGAGAAUAUUAACAAAUUAUAUGAUAGCACUGAAGGACAUGAUGGACUAGUCAUUAUCAUCAAAAUGUGCACACAAAAAAGUAAUAGCCUCAUUGGGUUUUUAUCUGGUGUUGAAAUGCAUUAUUCACCCUAGAACGCUUCACACUUAAGGUUUGUCUCAUUAGCUUCACACUGCAGAAGAUAGAACAAAGGUUUGUCUCAUUAGCUUCACACUUAAGGUUUGUCUCAUUAGCUUCACACUUAAGAAGAUAGAACAAAGGUCUGUCUCAUGAGCGCAGUGCUUGUCUUUAAUAAGAUUAAAGAAGAAAACAAAAUAGUGCUCUGUCUACUGCUUGAUGAUUCAGUUGUAUAAACUUGAGCACAAAAGUAUUCUGCACCAACAGUUUUUCCUAACACAUAUACAUCAUCCAUCCAUUUCUGCCUGAGGAGAGAUGCAGUAUGUCGCCAGGUUGAAAGGCCUCUGUGUUGCUGUUUUUUUCAUCAAUAUAUGUUGCUGUCAAUUUGCCUGCAUGUAGAAAAUCAUGAAAUGUUCACUGACCUAGUGUGUCUGGUAGCUCACAUACAGGGUUGAGUUAAACUGCAGACACAUUUCCCCUCAGCUUGGGACACUCCUACGAGGUAUGCACUACUGUUUCCUCUGAUAGAACCAUCUUGCAGUGUGCUAUUAUGGAUUGCUUUGGUCUUCUCAUUCUAAGCAGCAUAUUGUGCUGCCAGACACAAUGACCUUAUAAGAUUCUUUACAAGAUUUCAACAGUUCUCAUGUAAACUCCCAGAUUAUAUUCAUGCCUUUGACAUAAAUUUCAUACUAAAGUAGUGAAUUCUAAUUGGUCACCGAUGGUAGGUGUGAAAACAAUAUCUAUAGUUAGUCAAUGGAUGAAUUGGCGUUGACUUCUUUCACCUUGUUCAUCAUCUUUUCCAUCGAUCAAUUGGUUGACCAAGGUAAAAAUAAAACAAAUUUUGUAUUGUAACUAAUGUGUAGAUAAAAGAAUGGAGACAAUCAUACAUAGCCUGAGAAUUACAGCAUAACAUUUUUCUUCAUGAAUCUCACUUUUUUUUCAUCAUGUUUUUGAGCUAUAUUAAGCGUUGAUUAUGCAAUUUUGUUUUUCUUAUAAAGUGACCUUUUCUGUUUUCCUUUCUUAAAGUCUUAACUUUUCACUGGAGUUUGAAAAUUGAACAAAUGAAACAUACAAUAUAUAUUACAUUGAAAUAAAUUUAUUACAAAUCAAAA